CAUGGGGACACAAGUCCCCAGUGGGCAUAAUUGGUUUGACUAAAACGAACGGCUGUCUUUCACUGGACCAGUUUCCUAAAUUGUCUUCGGAUCACCUAAUCAUUUCCCUUUUAUCUGCACCCUAAUUUAUGGAUUGUUCUCUCUAUCUCUGAGGAACGCAUUCUCUCGAAAUCCACCAAACCCUAGCCCUACCCUAACUCACACUGUCAUCUCUAUCGGAUCAUGUGAGACCCGUUUCCCGAGAUCCGAAUCUCAGCUCUUGCAAUCUGUAAUCUACAAUACACAAUCCGCGAUCCGAUCUGCUUCAGUUUGAUUUCUGGAACCAUGACUCGCCGCUGCUCGCAUUGCAGUCACAACGGGCACAAUUCCAGGACAUGCCCCAACCGCGGGGUCAAGAUCUUCGGGGUUCGAUUGACUGAUGGGUUGAUCCGUAAGAGUGCUAGUAUGGGCAAUCUCAGCCACUAUGCCGGGUCGACCUCUGGUCAUCAUCAGAACGGCGUUUCCGGUAACAAUUCGGUCUCUCCCGGAGAGACUCCAGAGCACGGCGCCGCGGCCGAUGGAUACGCCUCCGAGGGUUUCGUUCCCGGUUCAUCAUCCAGCCGGGAGCGCAAGAAAGGCACUCCAUGGACUGAAGAGGAACACAGAAUGUUUCUACUUGGACUGCAGAAGCUUGGAAAAGGGGAUUGGCGUGGAAUUUCACGUAAUUAUGUUAUAUCAAGGACACCUACUCAAGUCGCCAGCCAUGCUCAGAAAUAUUUCAUCAGGCAAACUAAUGUGUCUAGGAGAAAAAGACGGUCCAGCUUGUUUGAUAUUGUAGCUGAUGAAUCUGUCGACACUCCAAUGGUAUCACGGGAUUUCUUCUCCACCAACCCUUCGCAAGCUGAAACACUAAGCAAUAACCCAUUGCCUGUUCCUCCGGCUCUGGAUGAAGAAUGUGAAUCAAUGGAUUCUACCAACUCGAAUGAUGGAGAACCGCCCAUUCCAAAGCCGGAUGGCUUACAAGGCUGUCCCCCAGUAAUAUAUCCUACUUAUUUCUCACCAUUCUUCCCAUUUUCUUUUCCAUUCUGGCCGGGAAACAGUUCAGAGCCAACUAAAAUGGAGACUCAUGAGGUGCUUAAGCCAACAGCUGUACAUUCUAAGAGUCCAAUCAAUGUUGAUGAGCUGGUUGGCAUGUCAAAACUGAGUUUAGGAGAAUCCAUCGGUCAUGCUGGUCCCUCCUCUCUCACACUGAAACUGCUUGAAGGGUCAAGCAGGCAAUCUGCUUUCCAUGCUAAUCCAGCCUCUGGCAGUUCAAGCAUGAACUCGAGCGGCAGUCCAAUCCAUGCAGUUUGAUGAGUAGCUGAUCCAUGCAGCCCAAUGGGAAGAUUCUGGUGGGAUGGAAAUUGUAGGUCAGCUCAGUGCUGGUGAGCUCUGCAAAUUUCCUGUUUAUACAAGAUGAAUAAUGUGCAGUCUGGUUUGGAUUUGUUUAUCUCUCUAUGUGGGAACACGCUUUAAUAAGUUUGAUUUUAGAAAUUAACUUAAUCCAGUUCUUACCUUGUAGGUUAUAGUUCCUUUUAUCAGAAAUCAUUUAAAUCUUUUAACA